CGCGUGCGCGAGCGCGAGCGGCGGGGCUUCCUCGCGGGCCGUCGGGGAGGCGAGCGCCGGUCCUGAGGCGUAGCGGCUGCUGUCAUGAGUUGGUGAUCCAUUGGUUGUGGUCCAACAUGCAGAAGCGCGUGAAUAGUGAAAAGUAGCAGCGCCUGUGGGUCAUGAGGAUGUGUAUGUGUUUGAAGGCUUCUACUCCCUCUUCUUCAGGACGGAAUCAUGAAUAAACUGGAGGAGAAGCAGGACCAGAUGAUACCAUGAAGAGGAGUUUACAGGUCCUCUACUGCCAACUGUUAAGCGUCCUCCUGAUCUUGGCAUUGACUGAAGCACUGGUGUCCGCUGUCCAGGAACCGUCUCCCAGGGAAUCUCUGCAAGCCCUCCCAUCAGGCACCGUGGUGACAACACUGCAUAGCUCUGCUAGACACCCCUCCAUGGUGACCUUGAAACCCCACCCCAGCGGCCCCUCCUCUCAGGCUGCAUCUCCCAUGGCAACGACGACGCCCCAUCCAGACCAGCACCCUUCAGCAAACACCACGUCUGCCAUCGUGACAACAGCAGCCACCCUCCAUUCUGAAGGCGCCCUGCCCACGGGACCCCCUCCAGCUGCCAUGGCAACCACCACCUCCUCCCUCUCAGAGGGCCGCCCCCCAGGGAAUGCUGACCCUACCAUCCUGCCAACAAAGCCAGCAGGAGGAGCCACCAGCUACCCCAGCACAGUGGCCCCCCGGGCUACCACCCGUAGGCCUCCUAGGCCCCCCGGCUCCUCCCGCAGGGGGGCUGGUAGCUCAUCACGCCCUGUGCCUCCUGCAUCUGGCAGCCACUCUGGGAGGAAGGAAGGGCAGCGGGGACGAAACCAGAGCUCCACACACCUGGGACAGAAGCGGCCCCUGGGGAAGAUCUUCCAGAUCUACAAAAGCAACUUCACGGGAUCUAUUGGACCAGACGCUUCUUCUUUUACCCCAGGGACCCCGCUCUGGGGCUAUUCCUCUUCUCCACAGUCCCAGACAGUGGCUGCAACCACAGCACCCAACAGUACCUUGUGGCCCCCAGCCACCCACCCCCUGAUGCCUGCCGAGGACAAGCCAGACCUCAGCAGGGCAGACCAGGGGCCUGGGUCCCCCUUCACUGGCCAAGGAGUGGAGCCGGACACCACAGCAGCCUCAGGUGCCCCAGCCCACCCACAGCCUGCCCCAGUGCCUUCUCAUCAUCCCCGUGGGGACAUGCAGGACAGCCUUAGCCGCAGUGACUCUCGGCUUACUGUCACCCCUGGCACCAACAGACCCCCGUCUGCCAGCUCUGGGCUCUUCACAGCCACCACAGGACCCACCCAGGCUGCCUUUCAUGCCAGUGUCUCAGCCCCUUCCCAGGGGGUUCCUCAGGGAGCAUCCACAACCCCACAGGCACCAGCUCGUCCCCCUGGGGUCCCAGCAAGCACUGUGUCUCCAGUUGAGGAGGGAGCUGCAGCCACCCCCUCCGCGGCCCACAGGGGAUCGAGCCCUUUCUCCACAGUGGUGUCCACAGCCACAGGAAACUUCCUCAACCACCUGGUCCCCGCCGGGACCUGGAAACCUGGAACCGCAGGGAACAUCUCACAUGUGGCCGAAGGGGACAAGCCCCAGCACAGAGCCACCAUCUGCCUGAGCAAGAUGGACAUCGCCUGGGUGAUCCUGGCCAUCAGCGUGCCCAUAUCUUCCUGCUCCGUCCUGCUGACCGUGUGCUGCAUGAGGAGGAAGAAGAAGACGGCCAACCCCGAGAACAACCUGAGCUACUGGAACAAUGCCAUCACCAUGGACUACUUCAACAGGCACGCCGUGGAGCUGCCAAGGGAGAUCCAGUCCCUGGAGACGUCCGAGGACCAGCUCUCAGAGCCCCGCUCCCCAGCCAACGGCGACUACCGAGACACUGGGAUGGUCCUCGUGAACCCCUUCUGUCAGGAAACACUGUUCGUGGGAGGCGAUCACGUGUCCGAGAUCUGACUACAGCAGCCUUUGCUUUGCCAGUCCCUAUUUUCAUCUCCAAAUUAUAAAUACACAAAUAUAUAUAUAUAUAUUAUAAAUAUAACCUUUGUGUAAUUCCGACUUAAAUGAGAAACAUUUUCAGCUUUUUUUUUCCUAAGAAUUGUCAACAUCUUUUUUAUAAGUGUGGUUUAAAAAAAAACUUUACAGAAUGAUCUGUGGCUUUAUAAAAUAAAGAUAUUUCUAAGCAAAGCAGUUGCACUGAUUGCUUCUCUUAAUAACUGUUCGUGAACACUAAGCAGAUGAGGUAAGAGGCAGACCUACUGUAAAAGCUGAAUGUUAAAAUGACCAAGUGUAAGAUCCUCGGAGUGAUUCUUCAAGUACUGCUUCCGCUUGGUUUGCUGUAACCCAGCUCCUCCCUCGUCGUUCGCACAGUGGGAAGGCAGCUGGGCCUCCUGGGGGAGAUGGCAGAGUCAGGCACAAAGCAGGAAAAGGAACCGCACAGCCCCCAGAGGAAGGGACCUCUGCACCACUGGAUGUCAAGUUCGUUCCAGGUGGCGGAUGGAAGGCAACCCUCAGGGGUUGUGGGGGACAUUGGCAUCCAAAGGCCACAUCUCCCCGGCUUCACGGGGCAGAGAGCUUCCAUCGUGCCCACUCGGGGCUGCCUGUUCUCGGCAGGAGGCGGCACCCCUUCAGCCCUUUCCUGCGUCUGCUACAGGACCCAUGGGUGCCCCUGUCUCAGAGAGGAUUAGAUACAGAUCCCAACCCUAGAAUGCCCGUCCUUCAAGGAUCAGAUGCUCUUUGUGGUUUGGGCUUGUUUCCUCCAAAGGCCAAGGUCACCCCUGAAGAACGUGCUUAUCUGGGAAGUCUACAGCUGUAGUUUUGAAACCUUCCUCCUGCAAUCUCAGAACAGUGACUGGCGUAGGAGAAGCGUUAAUCUCCUUGCCUUGGUGUUGAAGACCUGCUGGCCUCUCCCCCCGACCCGUGCUGUCCCCUCACCCCUGUGGGCUGGUGCCAACGGGUCAGACCCACAGAGACACAGUAGGAGCUUCCAGGGGUAGCUGCUGCUCUAUUUUUCCCUAAUAGCUGCUGGCUUGGAGAGAGAACUGCUCCAAUGCUUCUUUACUCUAAAAGAAAAUAGUUUGAUAGUAUAUUUUCAAGAUAGAUGUUCUGACAGACUGGGAGUUGAACUUGAAUGUUGGUUCACAUGUUUGUGUUGUUGCUGUGGUCUUUUUAUCAUGAUGCUUUUCCUUCCUACAUUUUCCUUACUAAGAAAGAGAUGGCCUUCAACACUGUGUGUUCUCAAUGUUGUGAGUGCAACUGUUGUCACUUCAAAGUCUUUAGCCCACAAAGAAGCAAGUCCAAUGUUACUUGGGAUUUAUUUUCUAACAUGUUGCUGUCGGACCAGUUUAACCUUAUCAUAUUAUUUCUGUUAGCAAUUGCAUCUACUAUUAUCAAUGUGUAUGAG